CCAAGGGUUCUUCUCCAACACAAACCUUCCACUGCCGACCCAAAACCUCUCUCCCUCCUGCUCCGCCUCCGCCGCCGCUGCGACGGCGAGUGCACCGCGAAGCAUGGCCGGAGAAGCCCUCCGCGCAGCCGACCUCCCGGGCCGCGGCCGCGCGCUCCUCGCAGCCCGCGAGAUCAUCGAGGGGGAGGUGAUCCUCUCCGAGCCGCCCAUCCUCCUCUACCCGUCCUCGCUCGCCUCCCUCCGCUCCUACUGCUCCGCCUGCUUCCGCUCCCUCCCGCCACCGCCCCACGCCCCCGCCGCCUGCCCCUCCUGCCGCGCCGCCGCCUUCUGCUCCCCGGCCUGCGCCGCCGCCUCCCACCCGCGCCUCCUCUGCGCCGCGCUCUCCCGCAACCUCGCCGCCGCGCCCGACGCGCACCAGGAGGCCCUCCUCUUCCUCCUCUCGGCCUACUCGCUCCCGGACCCCUCCCUCCGCGCGCUCCUCUCCCUCUCCUCGGCCCCCUCCCCGAGCCAGCAGCAGCAGGACGCCGCCGCGACCCUCCACGCCAUGGUAUCCUCCCUGGCGCCGCCGCACCUGCUGCCCCCGGGCUUCUCCCCGGACCUCACGCCGGCGCUCCUCUCCAAGGACCGGACCAACAGCUUCUCCAUCAUGGAGCCGUACCGCCCCGACGUGCCGCUGGAGCUCCGCAAGACGCGCGCCUACGCCGUGUACCUCCGUGCGUCGCUGCUCAACCACGACUGCCUGCCCAACGCCUGCCACUUCGACUACGCCGACAGGCCGGGGCCGGGGAACACCGACAUCGUCGUGCGCGCGCUCCAUGGCAUAUCGGAGGGGAGGGAGGUCUGCAUCAGCUACUUCGCGGCCAAUUGGAGGUACGCUGACCGGCAGCGCAGGCUGCUGGAGGAUUAUGGGUUCCGGUGCGAGUGUGACCGGUGUCAGGUCGAGAGCAAGUGGAAGUUUGAUGAUGAUGACGGCGGCGAUGGGGAUGACACCAUGGAGGAAGAACAUGACAAGGAGGAUGCUGGAGAUGGUGUUGAUGAGGGGAUGGAGCAGGAGGAAGGGAGUGAUGGCGGGGAUGACGAUUUCCCGCAUUCCUUCUUCUUUGUAAGGUAUCUGUGUGAUCGCGAGGACUGCUAUGGCAUGCUUGCGCCGCUGCCACCCUUGCCGAAUGGUGACCUGUCCCAUGUGUUUGAGUGCAAUGCAUGUGGGCAGCUGAAGAAGGAAGAAGAGGAUGACGAUGAGCCUGAUGCUGGUGAAUCCAGCAUGGUCAAUUAGGAUGUUUGCUGUGGUACUUUUUUGUUUGGUGCAGUUGUUGGAUGGCGAUGAAAAGGAGGUACUGUUGGGCCGGGCGUUUCCCUACCUGAGGGUUGUUUGUCUAAAAGAAUCUGGUUCAAUCCACCGAAAUCCAGGAAGACGUAUGUAAAAGAUUGGAUCACUGAAUCUGAAUGUUAUUUAUGGGCUGUCCCUGCUUGGACAUGUACACUUUCCGGUGUGCCCAUGUCUUUCAUGGCCAAGUGAAUCUCUGGCAAGUUAUAAACUGAUAGAAGUUAGCUCGCCAGAGUUUGACUUAUGUGGCCAUGUCCCUUGGCUGUCUUGCCUUAUGACCUGCAUCGUUGGCUGUUCAUUUUGAGUUACAAGGUUGUCGUACGGUAGCUGUUUUAUA